UAGGAUUUCCACCUCGUUCUGAUUGCAGAUUAGAUCUAUGCUUGUUCCAGGACUCUAAUGCACACAGUUUUCAGUGGCGGACCUGGAAAGCCGCCCGGCGUGGCCCUAGCCGCCGGGUGUCAGAGGGCCAGCCCUGGAUUCUGGGCUCCGCCUCUGGCCGAUGGUGGCACGCGGGUUUCCAGGUCGGCCUUCUUGUGCGUCACUCCGGGCUCUUGGAACCUUCAGCUCCACCUGGCGUUUCGCUGCCGGCGUCUCCUUACCUCUCUGGUUUUGUUUGCAGUUGAGGGUGGCUGGGUUCCCCAACCCAGAGGGAAACUCCAAGGACUCAAGUUCCUUUGACAUCCCUAUAAAUACCAAGGGACGACCUGGCAAUCCCACAGCCCCUCUGGGAAUCAGCUGGACAGCGCGGUGGUGAAGUCCAGGCUAGCACAGAACAGGAAAGGACAUGUGCAGAUACUUGAAAGCAAAAGCCGCAGUGCUUGCAAAUAGCUGGACCGUGGCUUUGUAACUUCGUAGAAACAUCUUUCCGCCUUCCGAAAGACAGCAAAGGCGCUCUUUCUGCUGAGGGAAGUCCCUAGCCAGCUUGUGCAAUCCGAAAUGUUUUCUGCGCGCUUUAGCCUUAUUUUAACAAAUUUUCCUCCAGCACGAGUGCCCGCCUCUAACAUACCCGCUCCAUCACUGCUUCCUCCAAGAAAAUCCAAAUUCCUGAAGGCAAGCUUUUCAGGGACAGUGUCAUAGUGCCUUUGACAACUUCCGGAAUUAGACUUGCCAACCUUGAAUCUGUGGUUUGGUGUUUCCAUAGUGUGAUGCCUUAUUUACAUCUGUCUGAUUUACCUGCAUGUAACAAAGCACAGAGAAGCGUUAAGACACAGGCUUUUUGUCUCUGUGCUUGUGUUUGUAUAGGGCAUACCAGGAUCCUAUUUCUUUCUGUUUUUAGAAAAAGAUGCUUGUUUCUGCGUUUGACAGCCCAACAUCACUUUUUUUUUUUUUAAAUCGAAUUGACUGUGGCAUCUCUUCCUCAGAACACAAUUCAAAGACGGGAUCUGAGUAAAGCUGACUGGUUGUUGAUAGCACAGUUGGGGAGGAGACUCAACAGAGCUGUGCACCCCGAUGGUUGGGCCGGGAUAAAGCUGGUCUGGUUCCAAGUGUGAUGUCGCCCGUAAGCUUCAUGAAGUGAAUCAGAUGGCGGGUGACCCUGGAACAAGAUACAACACUCAACCCAACUUAAAGCGCCAGAAGCCCAUCCAGCCUUACGUCUGCUCCACUCUGGAGGACUUUCAAGAAGAGAGAGAUUUUUUGGCCAGCACCAUCUUCCCUCGGCUCAACGACCUCUGCAGCCCCCGGGGCACCUACUUCAAAGCUGUGGACCUGAGGUGGUCGGCCGUGAAGGCCCACAAGUCCUUCACCACCAACCUGUGCCGACAGUACUCCUGCCUGUGCUCUCAGCAUCUGAAGCUCUGCCUUGACUGUGUGGACAGCUGCUCCCCCUUCUUCAUCUGCCUGCUGGGGCAGACCUACGGGGACUUCCUCCCCCACUACACACCCUUCCUGUUCUCCAACAUAAAGGACUUCACCAAUCUAUCCAAGGGAGAACAAAAUCUAUAUGUUGCUGCAAAAAAUGGCUACCCUUGGGUCCUGGAGACUCCCAACUGCAGCCUAACAGAGUUCGAGAUCACCCAAGCAGCCUUUCGGAAGGAAUCUCAGUUUCAGUUUUUCUACUUCCGGACAUCGAACUCACUGCUAAGGACUUUCAGCGAGGAGGGAGAAGAAGAAAAGCUGUCCCCGGCUUUUCUGAUGAACGAAGAGGGAAAAGUGAAAGUUGGGAGACUCAAGGCUAAGAUCAUCGGGAAAGGGCUUCCUGUCAGAUUCUAUAGAGACCUGGACGAGCUGGGCGAUUUGGUUUUCAAGGACUGGUCCGCUGUUGUGGAGAAGCUCUACCCAGUCCCUAUUAUCAUGGAAAAUAUAGAUUACAAACACAGUCUUGAAUAUUUGUAUCAUGAAGAGUUUGCUGAGAAGUGUGAGCAAGUUUUUGUUAUUUCCAAGGAGUCAAACAGGACCUUUGAAAUACUGGAAAGAUUUGCCUUAAAAGAUGUUGAGCUUGACUCCGACAGUGCAGGUCUGGGGCUGAACUCCAUUCUCAGAAUAAAUGCUCUUCCGGCUUAUAAGUCUAUUUUGCUCUUGUCUGGAGAACGCGGCUGUGGGAAGUCUACUCUGAUCGCCAGCUGGGUCAAGUAUUUCAAAAGCAAACAUCCAGGGGUGCUGAUGAUCCCGUAUUUCGUGGGAAGCACCUGCGAAAGCAGUGACAUCAUGUCGGUGAUCCACUACUUCAUCAUGGAGCUGCAGCACAGAGCCCACGGUCCCCAGAUUGAAAUGGAUUUUCUUAAUGAAGACUCAAGUGUCUUGGUCUUUUCGCUUCUUAUAGAAGUGUUCAUGGCCUUCAUCAGCCUAAAGCCAUGUGUACUUGUACUAGAUGGGAUUGAAGAGUUGAUUGGCAUUUAUGGGAUUUCAGGUCAGAAGGCGAAAGACUUCUCGUGGCUGCCGGGUUCGCUCCCUCCACAUUGUAAAUUCAUCCUGAGCACCGUCUCCUCCAGCCUGUCGUGCAAGUCACUGUGCGCCCGCCCGGAUGUGCGGACUCUGGAGCUCUCGGGCGUGGGGGAUGAAGACACGAAGUUCAGCAUCUUCAGACAGCACCUCUCCACUCCCGACCAAGAGCGCUUUGGGCAGAGCAAACCCAUCUUGAGGAAAAAGCCAAACCUGACCCCUCUGAAGCUGGCGAUCAUCGCCAGCGAGCUGCAGGAGUGCAGAAUCUACCGUAACGAGUUCCAGUGCCUGAGGGAGUACUUAGAGAUGGCCUCCGUCCAGGAGCUCUGGGAGUUGAUUCUGAAGCGCUGGGUUGAAGAUUACGGUUGGAAUUUGAAGCAAAAAGAGACAAACUCAGAUGCUGUGGCUUCAGGAAAAGGGCUGAGUGGCUGGGUCGCCGACGCGCUCUGCUUGCUGUGCAUCUCACACUGUGGGCUGACUGAAGACGAGCUGCUCCACCUCCUGGACAUGCUGGGCUACCGGAACAACCAGAAAGUGACCACCGUGCACUGGGCGGCCUUCCGCAACGCCACCAAGCACUGGAUCCAGGAGAAGCCCGAUGGCCUCCUCUGCUUCCGACACCAGUCCCUGCGGAAUGCGGUGGAGCACAAGCUGCUGGGUGUGAUCACUCCGGUCAGAGAGAGCAGUCCAAACACGUCUCAGAACACCGUGAAUCACAAGAAGGCACGUUUCCACCAGGUCUUGAUGAGGUACUUCCAGCGGCAAACCAUUUUCUGGAGAGUGUAUCAGGAGCUGCCGUGGCACAUGAAGAUGAGCCGGUGUUGGGAAGGCCUGUGCAGCUUUGUCACGAGCCCCAGCAUCACAGAUUUCAUAUCAAAAAUCCACAACCCGAGUUUGUGGACCAGGCUGCACCUUGUCCACUACUGGGAUGUGCUGCUGGAGGCUGGCUAUGACGUAUCUGAGUCUUUUCUGCUCUGCGUUGCCAAGAUAGAAGCAGAACAGUGCCAGAAAGUAAAGAAGCGACCCACGAUCUCAGUCCUGGAGUGCAGCCUCUCCCAGGUUACUGCCGCUGAUAAAUGCAGGAUGAUACUCUUCGUUGGGAGUUUCCUGAAGCACAUGGGCAAGAUCAAUGAUGCAGAAAGGCUAUUCUUGAGUGUCGAGGAAAUGUUACUACAGAGCCCAUCCAUGACAGAAAUGCUCCUCAAAGCCCAGAAUGCCAUUGGAGAACUGUAUCUUGAAAUCGGGAUGACUGAGAAAGGACUCACGUAUUUUCAGAAAGCGUGGUCAAAUCUGCUGCGGUUUACGCUCAGUGACUUGAAAACCAGCCAGGAAUUAAUGAAGCAGAAAGUCAAAGUGAUGAAUAACCUGGUAAAGUCAGCAUCUGAGAAAUUCUUAAAAGAAAGCCACAUUUUGGAUUAUGCUACUGAAAUCUCCAAGUUAGUGACUGAUAGCCCCCGCGAUCAAGCUACCAUGAAAUAUACUGAAGGUGUUCUCAUGUUGGCUGCUGGAAAUGUGCCUGUUGCAAGACUGAAGUUUCAAGAGUGUUUACACAUCAGAAGACGUCUAUUUGGUGAUAAAAACAUACUAGUUGGAGAAAUUAUGGAAUUUUUAGCGGAUUUGCUAUUUUUUUUACUAGAAGAUAAUGAAAAAGGGGGUGUGCCCUUCCUGGGGGCUCUGCCGUGUUUGUCAGGGGACCUGCUACAAGGCAUUCUGAAAACUCUGGGCCCACAGAGAGGCAGCUCUGGCAGCAGAUCGCAAAAGAAGCAAGUAACUGAAUAUUAUAAACAAGUAAUAAAAAUCAAGGAGAAUUCAGACACUGUGGCCACCUGCAAGCUAGUCAGGAAGCAGCUGAGCAUCAGCCUCAGCGAUACCUUGUGUAAACUAGCAGGCCAACUGCUGUCAGGUGACGUCUGCCAUCACGCCAUGAUGGAGGCCGUGAGCUAUCUGUACAGGUCACUUGAUUUAAGGUCCACUCACCUGGGGUCUUCCCAUGCGUCCAUCCAGGGAAUACUGCACCUUCUAAGGGAAAUCCAGAGGUUCCGGGGCAGGAGGUUUUGGCCUCAAGGCAUGAGCCAGCUACACUCCGAAGGUUCUAAGAAUGGCUUUUUGUUAUGGGAAAACUUGUCUAAAUUAAACUUCUGCAGCGCCCAGAGUUCGGACACGGUGAACACUGCAAUGUGUAUGAAUGCAAGUAAGCUGCAGGGAGCUAAAAGCGCAGAGCCGGUGCCGCCUCCGGUGUCAGAUAAACCCAAAUGUUUUCCUGGCAAAGGAAGGAAGACUUUGAUUCCAAUUCUGUCUGCUGGGGAAAAGACCCAAAUAUGGAAUGGUCCAAGGAAGCAAGCGCCAAGGAAAAAGAACUAUUCCACCAAGACGUUGUCCGUGGGUGAAAAGAAGGGCUUAGUCAAACUUUCAAAGCAAAGAGUUUUCUCUGCCAAAUGUGAGAGUGGAGACGGGCUAAUCACCGCGAUUUACCGCCGGCCCCCGAGAGCGCCUCUGAGUGCAAACAAUCCCUGGCAAUCCAUAUCUGAGCUUGUAUCAGAAAAAUGGCUUUUCCACACCCCACAGUACAGCUUUACUCCCCAGAAAUAUGUUUUCCCAAGAAGAUCUCAAAUAGAAACAAAAUGGUUGAGGAUCUCAGAUGAAACCAAUAAUGAAUAAAAACCAUUUUGGGCUCUUUUGUAUUUAA